AUGUCUUUAACAAAUUGUCGAUUCUACGAGGAGAAGUAUCCUGAGGUGGAUAGCUAUGUCAUGGUCAAUGUCAAGCAGAUUGCCGAGAUGGGCGCAUAUGUGAAGCUGCUGGAGUACGACAACAUCGACGGAAUGAUCCUGCUCUCCGAACUUUCGCGAAGACGUAUUCGCAGUAUCCAGAAACUCAUCCGUAUUGGUCGCAACGAGGUCGUGAUUGUGCUCCGUGUCGACAAGGAGAAAGGUUAUAUCGAUCUGUCUAAGCGUCGUGUCUCUCCUGAGGAUGUCAUCAAGUGCGAGGAGCGGUACAACAAGAGCAAGGCUAUCGCCUGGCCGUUGAACCGGAAAUACGGUCACUCCCACGAUGCCUUCAAGAUUUCCAUCACUAACCCCGAUGUUUGGAACGAUAUCGAGUUCCCCAGCGCCCCCGUCAAGAAGGAGCUGCAGGAGUACAUCAGCAAAAAGCUCACCCCCCACCCGACUAAGGUCCGUGCCGAUAUCGAGGUCACCUGCUUCGGUUACGAAGGAAUCGAUGCCGUUAAGGACGCUCUGCGUACCGCCGAGGCCGAUAACACCCCGGAGAACCAGAUCAAGGUCAAGCUAGUGGCCCCUCCUCUCUACGUCCUGACCAACCAGAGCCUGGACAAGAACCAGGGAAUUCAGAUGCUGGAGGUCGCGAUUGAGAAGAUCGCUGCCAAGAUCAAGGAGGCUGGUGGUAACUGCACCGUCAAGAUGGCGCCCAAGGCCGUCACCGAGCAUGACGAUGCUAUCCUUCAGGAACUUAUGGACAAGCGUGAGCGGGAGAACAUGGAGGUCAGCGGAGAUGAGAGCCAGUCGGAUAGCGAUGAGGGCGUUCCUGAGUAA